GGGGUCAUUCUCGCGGAGAUCGGCCAUAUUAAGAACAGGCAGUUUUUGGUGUGUUGCACUGUUUCUGGUCCUCCAGCUGAGUUCUGGCUUAAAGUCGGAGGGGCACGUAGCACAGCGCGAUUUAAGUAACCGUUUUCCUCCCUGACCAUGGAGGCGGAGAUGGAGAGGCUGAGGGAUGAGCUGCUCAAGAAGCAGCAGGAGGUGGAGAGGUUGAGGGCAGCGGUCGCACACCUGCAGCAGAACUCUCAGUCUGAAAAUACUGUUACGUUAGUUAAGCAACUGACCAAGGUGCCUCCAUUGGAAGAAAAACUUCUCUCCAAAGAAGAGAUCAUGAGGUACAGCAGACAGCUUGUCAUUCCAGAGUUUGGAGUCAAAGGUCAGCUGAAUCUGUCCAAGAAAGCUGUUCUGAUUGUUGGAUGUGGAGGGCUAGGCUGCCCUGCAGCACAGUACUUGGCUGCUGCAGGCAUUGGUCGAUUAGGACUUCUUGAUUAUGAUGACGUGGAGGUUAGUAACCUACAAAGACAGGUUCUCCAUGCAGAGGAUAAAUUGGGCAUGUCGAAAGCGUUGUCUGCAGCGACCAUGAUAAAUCGGUUAAAUUCAAAUGUUGAGUGCAUACCAUACCACUUUCAGUUGAAUUACAAGAAUGCAAAACAACUUAUUCAACAAUAUGACAUUGUAGUAGAUUGCUCUGACAAUGUCCCCACACGGUUUCUUGUCAAUGAUGCCUGCGUUCUGAAUGGGAAGCCACUGGUAUCAGCUAGCGCUCUAAGAAUGGAGGGACAGCUCACAGUAUAUAAUUACAAUGAUGGCCCCUGUUAUAGAUGUCUCUAUCCAAAACCACCUCCAGCUGAAACUGUAACCAACUGUUCAGAUGGAGGAGUCUUGGGAGUAGUACCUGGAAUUCUGGGAUGUAUUCAGGCCCUGGAGGUGCUGAAGAUUGCGUCAGGAAUAGGAUCAUCUUACAGCCAACAGAUGUUAAUAUUUGAUGCUCUGGCAGCUCGAUUUCGCACCAUUAAGCUUCGACCCAAGCAGCCAACAUGUGCAGUUUGUGGUGAGAAUCCAACAGUGAAAGAUCUGAUCGACUACGAGAAAUUCUGUGGCUCAGCAGCAACAGAUCAGUGUAGGACACUUCAUUUGUUAACCAAAGAACAAAGAAUAACUGUACAGGAAUAUAAACAACUAUUGGAUCAAGGUGUUUCUCAUGUCCUGGUAGAUGUUCGUCCACAGGUGGAAGUUGAUAUUUGUCAGCUAUCUCAUUCUAUUUAUUUUCCAUUGGCUAAAUUAGAGGAAAAGAAUGUUGACUACAUAAAGCUUUUACAGAAUAGCAUCAACACGAGUAGAAAGAAGGCCCUGGAUAAUAUGGUUGCCUUCCCAGUAUAUGUUAUCUGUAAACAAGGAAAUGAUUCCCAGAAGGCUGUUAAAAUCCUGCAAGAGGUACUUGACAAUGAGCUCUCCUCGUUAUCAGUGAAGGAUAUACAGGGUGGCCUAAUGGCCUGGGCUUGUAAGAUUGAUCCAACCUUCCCACAGUAUUGAUUGCUGGAAACAGGAGAAAGGGAAGAAAAUCAUUUAACGCCAUUUAAAAAAAAGUAUUUAAAAUGUAUUAGUUAUUCAAUGUACUGUUAAUUCUAUGUAUGUCAAUAAAUGCAAGCGGAAGGUUUUUGUCAGGGUUGCUCAGUAACUUGAAAAGAAACCUGUAGAUUGUUUCAGUUGAUGUGCUAGCCUCUCUAAGAGUAGUUAAUGCUGAUUUCUGUGUUGACUAUAUUUGAACUGUUUAAUAAGGACAUAAGCAAUUAGUAACUAAAUACAAGUGUACGGAAAAUCUCCUGGUUAGAGUUGAUUCAUUUUAUUAAGUAUCUUAUGUUACAGACCAAAUACUAUGCUACUGAAUUACUAAUAGCGGAAUAUUGUGAGAACUAAAAGAUUAACCUUUUAGAUGCAAUUGAUAUGGCAGCACAAAUGAAUGAAGCAAAUGACCCAUGCAGAAAUUCUGACAAUGCACGUUUGCUGUAAAUUGCUGCCAGGUGAACUUCUGUAUAUUUUUUAAAUUGUGAUGUUGCUACCAGAAUGGCAGUUCUGAUACUGGGACAAUUAAUGUAACAAUUCAUGUUUUCAAUAAUGGACCAGAUGUAUUAAACAUGUUUAUCCUUGUGUAUAAUGUAAGUGCUGUCUUUAGGUUCUCCACAAAAAAAAUUAUGACAUGGAUUCCAUUAAUGUAGACAAUGACACAACAUCUGUUUGACAUAAUGUUAUCUGUUAUGGUAACCUCUUUCAAAAAAACCCAGGCAGACUAGUUGGCUACAUUGUUUUUUUAAAGUGCACAUUCUUUUUAAAUAUGUACAUGCAGAAUUAAUUAUUUUUCAUCAGCAUAACAUCACAGUAACAAAGUCACUCCAGAGCUUUCAACUUUUUACAAUAUGAGAUGGGUCAAUUGGAAGAUCUACUGAAAAUUUCAAAAGAGAGUAUUGUAUCUGGUGUUUCAUAAGGAUACAGCUUCAUUUUUGAAGCUGACUGAGACUCUCAUGAUUCUGUUACUUGUGAUUGACACUCAGUUAAUUACAAUUGGAAAUAUCAGUUGUUGCAAUCCUUGUGUAAGAUUUAUUCAGUGAACCAAUCUAAUAUAAUUAAACGUGAUUCUGUCAGAUCUGCUUGUUGUUAUUAUGACACAGCCGAUGGUAAAUGCUGAGCUGUUCAAAUCCCAGAGGGAAACUUGAAAUAACUAUCAUAACCAAUUUUACAAUUUGUAUGUUUCAAGAUGCAGGCUUUGAAUUCAGUAGUAAAGACCACCGAGUCUCAGAUAUUUAAAACUAAAUUAAACAUAUUAAUACAAAAAAGAUUGUAAGCUCAUACAUAUGUCUACAAAAUGACUAGUAUAAUAACUACAAACAUCCCCUAACUAACCUGACUCCUAGUUACAUCUCUAUUAAAGCAACAGUAAAACACAGAUCUAAACAAACCCUGGUAAAGUACACUCUGGACAGUUGCAUUCAAAAUGAGUUUCUUUCAGCUCUGGGUCCUUGCAGACAAUGCUUGAGGCUUACAGGCUGGAGGCUUUAGAUCUUAUAAUCACUCUCCUUUUUACCAACAGCCUUCUCUUCCUUUAUACAUAUUUUCCUCUUUGAAUGCAAAUGUUCGUUGUAUUACUGUCUCUUGAACUUUACCACUUCUGAUAAGACCCUUUCAUAAAACACACUUUAUUAGUAAUCAUUGGGGGAAAUAAACAGACACGCUGUUUCUGAGCUUCACCUGGUUAGGUGUAAUAUUUCACUCCCUCUCUUUGAAUCCAAGCUACAUUAGUUUGUUUAAAGAAAAAUGCAAAUUGCCCCCAUGUUUACCUAAUUAACAUUUCAAAUCUACUCUUCUAUACAUCAAAGCCGCUAGACUAGCUGGCUUUAAUCCAGUUAGGACACAGACAGAGUUUGGUGUCUGUGUCUUUUUAAAAAAUAAUUUCCGCUAACAUUAUAGACAUUAAUAUAUCUUCAUGACAGCCCCCUCCUUAUCGAAAAAUGAACCGUCAGAAUUCUAAAAGAUGGCUUCAUUUUUAUUAACCCAUCUUACACUAUCACCCAUACUUAUCUAUAUACUUACACUAUAACAUUACCAUGUGUAUGCAUUAACUAUAUACACAAAUCCUUGCUAUUAGCAGAAAUCAUUCCAGUUUGGUGUCCAGGUUUUAAAAUGUCCAAUUUUCCCUCUAAGCUUCAAACUCUUGAUAAAGCAAGGGCAAUCAGAUUCUCUCGUCCAGCAACAUGUAUAAUCUGUAGAUUAAAUGGUUGCAAUAAUAAAUUCCACCUGAACAGA